CCGAGAAGACACGCGCAGUUUUUAGCGGACAGCUUUGCAGCUGAAGCAGGUCCAGUGUAGAGAACAGAGCUUUAGAGGGACUUUACGGAGCUGGGCUGCUGGGAAAGGGACCAACGCAGAGUUUUAGUGGAGCAGCUACGUGUUAUUGAGCCGCGGUGCUGAAAUAGCCCGAGAGUUGAAGACAGGACGGUUUAAGUCUUGAGCUUUGGUGCUGAAAGAGUGGUGGACAGCUCUGCUGCUGAACCAGAAGACAAGGCAGCUUUAGAGGAGUUUGUAGCGCAGAAAGUGAUCUUCGUUAGUGCUCCGUGGUUCUGAAACAGGUUAAGGACACUUUAAAUGGGCAUCUGCCGUACUGAAAUAGAUCCCUGUCAUCGUAGACUCGGUUUCAGUGCUGAAAUAGACGUAGCGUAGCUGUUGCAGACCAGUUUUAACGCGCGUUGGGCGGACAGCUCCAUGGUGCUGAACCCAGUUCAGCCGCACUUUUGCCGGACAGCUCCGUGGUGCUGAAACAAACGCUCUAUCUCAGUGAAGAGAGGCUCAAUCUCUUUAGUGGACAGCUCCGUGUUUCUGAAACGAGCCCGCAGCUCUAGCGCGUUCUUUCUCUCACCCAACACAAAGACAGCAAAGCAGACCCACCACAAUGGAGAGGAUCUCUUGGACACUUUUCCUACUGUCCCUCAUUCUCCUGGAGGUCUCCAUGCAAGAUUUUGGGCAGACGCAGUUCAUCUGCACCUCGGUGCCGAAGGACAUGGACCUGUGCGCCGCCGCCAUGCAGAACAGCGGACCGGCUGAGGACCUGAAGACCACCGUGAUGCAGCUGAGGGAGACAGUGCUGCAGCAGAAAGAGACCAUCAUGAACCAGAAGGAAACCAUCCGAGAGCUGACGAGCAAACUGAACCGGUGCGAGGGCCAGAGUGCUCCAGAGCCUGGGACCGGAGGAGGGAGGAGGAAAGAGCAGGGCAAGAACACCAUGGGGGACGUUUCGCGAGGCGCAAGUGACACUUUGGCUCAACUGGGGCAGACUUUGGCUACACUGAAACAAAGGCUGGAGAACUUGGAGCAAUACAGCCGGAGUAACGGCACAGCGCAGGCGAACAGCCUGAAGGAUCUGCUGCAGAACAAAAUCGACGACAUGGAGAAGCAGGUGCUGUCCCGCGUCAACACACUGGAGGGGGGCAAACCGGGCCAGAGAAACGAUACGGAUCAGAGGAACAAAGUGGAGUCCACGCUCACCUCUCUACACCACCGCAUCACUGAUCUGGAGAAAGGACCUAAAGGUAACAAACUGUUGGACAAGUUCCAGCUGACCUUUCCUUUACGGACGAACUACAUGUAUGCUAAAGUGAAGCGGAGCUUGCCGGAAAUGUACGCCUUCACGCUCUGCCUGUGGAUCAAAUCUAAUGCCUCCCCAGGGGUGGGCACGCCCUUCUCCUACGCCGUCCCGGGACAGGCUAAUGAGCUGGUGUUGAUAGAGUGGGGGAACAACCCCAUGGAGAUCCUCAUCAAUGACAAGGUGGCCAAACUGCCUUUCCUCAUCAAUGAUGGGAAAUGGCACCACAUGUGCAUCACAUGGACCACGCGGGAUGGAGUGUGGGAGGCGUUUCAGGACGGAGUCCUCCGCGGGAAUGGAGAGAACCUAGCUCCAUAUCACCCCAUCAAACCACACGGAGUGCUGGUGUUGGGCCAAGAGCAGGACACUCUGGGUGGAGGCUUUGAUGCCACACAGGCGUUUGUAGGAGAGCUGGCCAAUUUCAACAUCUGGGACAAGAAGCUGUCAUCCUCUGAGAUCUACAGCCUGGCCACCUGUAACAGCAGAGCACCAUCCGGCAACGUGCUGUCCUGGUCUGAGACCAACAUCGACGUGUUCGGUGGAGCCACCAAGUGGACUUUCGAGCCUUGCCGUCAGCCCAACUGAACUGCAGCCUGAAAGAGAAAGAAAAGAAAACAAAACAAACACAAAAAACAAAAAAGGCCAUCUGAGACUCCUUGCUUUUGUCUUUCUUGUCUUCAUUUUGACGUUAACAACAACACCAAUAAAAAAGAGAACAGUCCUUUAAUAAGUUACUAAGUUGAAUAAGAGUUAAGCAAGGAUUUCUAUGAAUACUUAUGAAUAUUUAUGUGCAAAAUAAAAAAAAAAAGUCAUCGUUCAUUGUUGGAAAGCGCAGUGAGACAGUGUUGCUGUUGGUUGCUUUUUUUUGUAAAAAAAACAAAAACAAA